UUGAUCAUUUGACAAUGUUGUGAGAAUUGGAGAAUUGUUGCUUUGACAUUGUUUCUCUCUAAAGAAUUAUUUUCCUGUCAUUGUUGCUGUGCCAUUUGUGUUCGCUCAUGGAGCAAAAUGUCCAGCAGCGCAGCUUGCUGGCACAUGCAUCUUCUCCUGGUUUCUUUGCCGUCCCACAGGAUCAAAAUAUUGAUUUAAGGCAGAGAGGAAAGAUGCGUCGGUGGCUCUGUUGCACUUGUCAAGUAGAGGAGUCUUACCAGUCAAAUGAAAGCGAACUCCUCAAAAGCCCAAGGGACCAUGCAGAUGGAAACCAAAAAGGCUCUAAGGCAUCUGCUCCUGCCAAGCCUGAAGCACUAAAAGCACCACCACCUAUUGAAGUGCCUGCGUUGUCUUUAGAUGAAAUAAAGGAAAAGACUGACAAUUUUGGAUCAAAGUCAUUGAUUGGUGAAGGAUCAUAUGGAAGAGUAUACUAUGCAACCUUAAACAAUGGAAAGGCUGUGGCUAUAAAAAAACUUGAUGUUUCAUCUGAGCCAGAGACCAAUGUUGAGUUUUUGACUCAGGUUUCCAUGGUGUCAAGACUGAAGCAUGAAAAUAUUGUUGAGUUGCUUGGAUACUGUGUGGAAGGAAAUCUCCGUGUGUUGGCAUAUGAGUUUGCAACCAUGGGAUCUUUACAUGACAUUUUGCAUGGAAGAAAGGGAGUACAAGGUGCACAACCAGGUCCUGUGCUUGACUGGAUGCAGCGUGUGAGGAUUGCUGUUAGUGCAGCUAGGGGUCUGGAGUACUUACACGAGAAAGUUUCACCUUCUAUAAUACACCGAGAUAUCAGAUCAAGCAAUGUGCUCCUAUUUGAGGACUUCAAAGCCAAGAUUGCAGAUUUCAACCUUUCAAACCAGGCUCCGGACAUGGCUGCUCGUCUUCAUUCAACUCGAGUUUUGGGGACCUUUGGUUAUCAUGCUCCAGAGUAUGCAAUGACUGGUCAAUUGACACAAAAGAGUGAUGUAUAUAGCUUUGGGGUGGUACUUUUGGAGCUUCUAACUGGUAGAAAGCCUGUGGACCAUACAAUGCCUCGUGGUCAGCAGAGUCUUGUCACUUGGGCAACGCCAAGAUUGAGCGAGGACAAGGUUAAACAAUGUGUUGAUCCAAAACUGAAAGGAGAAUAUCCUCCAAAAGGAGUUGCAAAGAUGGCGGCUGUGGCAGCCUUGUGUGUGCAGUAUGAAUCCGAGUUCCGGCCAAACAUGACCAUUGUAGUUAAGGCACUUCAACCACUCCUCAACUCGAAGCCUGCUGCUGCUGCACCAGCACCUGAGAUUUAAGAACAUUGCUUGCCCCAUCCUUUUCUCUCGUGUCUGGAGACUGCAUACUUGGUGCAUGGUUUGGUUUCUUUUUCUGGCUAAACAAUUUUUUUUUUUUAAUUUCUUUGCGGCAUUGAGAUUGGGUUUGGCGACGGAUCAUUGUUGGCUUUCCAUUAUGGCUACAAAAUUGUGAAUCAUGAGCGAGUUGAGAUUGGGUUGUGGUGGAUGACAUUUGAUCCUUGGUGUUUCUCUGACGUGCAUUCCUCCUUAUUUUCUCUUUCAAGUUUGAAGACGUACUCCACAACUAUGUACAUUAAAACGACAUUUCCAUUAAUGGUUAUGUGAUAUGGUCUGCUUGAUCUGUGAUCUUAUGGAAUACAAUAUCUACUAUCUACUACUACUAUAAAGGGAGAAUUGUUCUUAA